GGAGAAAGUGCGUGAGCCCUACCUUGGGGCGCCAGAGGCCGCCACAACGCAGGCGCAUUCAGCUAAGGACCACUCCCUCCCCCCGCACUCCUGCCUAGCCAUUUCCCCUCCACGGCCGGCCGGCCUUCUUCGCUUUGCGCACUUGCCUUUUGAGGUAACGGCCCAAAGAGGUAGAAGCGCUUUUCCCGCCCGGCCGCGGGGCGUGGCUCUGCGCGCAGCUUGAUGACGUUUUGGCGCGGUGGCGGAAUGGCGGCUUCCACCUCUGAGGCGGGCGACGCUAUGGGUCCCACAGUGGUUUGGUAAGAAGGCCAUUUUCAACUCUCCACUGGAGGCUGCUAUGGCGUUCCCUCACCUGCAGCAGCCCAGCUUUCUACUGGCUAGCCUGAAAGCUGACUCUAUAAAUAAGCCCUUUGCACAGCAGUGCCAAGACUUGAUUAAAGUCAUUGAGGACUUUCCAGCAAAGGAGCUGCACACCAUCUUCCCAUGGCUGGUAGAGAGCAUUUUCGGCAGCCUAGAUGGUGUCCUCGUUGGCUGGAACCUCAGCUGCUUACAGGGGCGUGUGAAUCCUGUGGAGUACAGCAUCGUGAUGGAAUUUCUUGACCCUGGUGGCCCAAUGAUGAAGUUGGUUUAUAAGCUUCAAGCUGAAGACUGUAAAUUUGACUUUCCUGUCUCCUACCUGCCUGGUCCUGUGAAGGCGUCCAUCCAGGAAUGCAUCCUCCCUGACAGUCCUCUGUACCACAACAAGGUCCAGUUCACCCCUACUGGGGGCCUUGGUCUGAACCUGGCCCUGAAUCCGUUCGAGUAUUACAUAUUCUUCUUUGCCUUGAGCCUCAUCACUCAGAAGGUUUUUGUUGAAAUGUGGCUUCAUCACUAUUCCUUGGAGAUGUAUCAAAAAAUGCAGUCCCCUCACACCAAGGAGUCGUUCACGCCUACUGAGGAGCAUGUGUUGGUGGUGCGCCUGCUGCUGAAGCACCUGCACGCCUUUGUCAACAGCCUGAAGCCAGAGCAGGCGUCACCCUCCGCCCACUCCCACGCCACCAGCCCCCUGGAGGAGUUCAAACGAAUGGGGCUGAACCUCCCGGAGGUGCCCAGUGCUCUCCACCGGCGGAGCCAACCCUCACUGAUGGGAGCCCUGGGGUCAUCUGUGAGCAGGGCCUCCUUACUGGGCAAGCAGCAGGUGACCCUCCCCAUCCCCUGCAGGGCUGCUGUCCCGAGGUUCGUCCAGCAGAAACUCUACCUCUUCUUGGAGCAUUGCUUUGGCCACUGGCCCCUGGACGCAUCAUUCAGAGCUGUCCUGGAGAUGUGGCUGAGCUACCUGCAGCCGUGGCGGUACGCACCUGACAAGCAGGCUCCGGGCAGCGACUCCCAGCCCUGGUGUGUGUUGGAGAAAUGGGCGCCCUUUGUCCAGGAGAACCUGCUGAUGUACACCAAGUUGUUUGUGGGCUUCCUGAACCGCGCGCUCCGCACAGACCUGGUCAGCCCCAAGCACGCACUCAUGGUGUUCCGAGUGGCCAAAGUCUUUGCCCAGCCCAACCUGGCUGAGAUGAUUCAGAAAGGUGAGCAGCUAUUCCUGGAGCCAGAGCUGGUCAUCCCCCACCGCCAGCACCGACUCUUCACGGCCCCCACAUUCACUGGGAGCUUCCUGUCACCCUGGCCACCAGUGGUCACUGAUGCCUCCUUCAAGGUGAAGAGCCACGUCUACAGCCUGGAGGGCCAGGACUGCAAGUACACCCCGAUGUUUGGGCCCGAGGCCCGCACCCUGGUCCUGCGCCUGGCUCAGCUCAUCACACAGGCCAAACACACAGCCAAGUCCAUCUCCGACCAGUGUGCGGAGACCCCGGCUGGCCACUCCUUCCUCUCAUGGCUGGGCUUUAGCUCCAUGGACACCAACGGCUCCUACACAGCCAACGACCUGGACGAGAUGGGGCAAGACAGCGUCCGGAAGACAGAUGAAUACCUGGAGAAGGCCCUGGAGUACCUGCGCCAGAUAUUCCGGCUCAGCGAAGCGCAGCUUAGGCAGUUCACACUCGCCUUGGGCACCACCCAGGAUGAGAAUGGAAAAAAGCAGCUGCUUGACUGCAUCGUGGGUGAGAACGGACUCAUCCUUACGCCCCUGGGGCGGUACCAGAUCAUCAGUGGGCUGCGAAGGUUUGAAAUUGAGUACCAGGGGGAUGCGGAACUGCAGCCCAUCCAGAGCUAUGAGAUCGCCAGCUUGGUCCGCACACUCUUCAGGCUGUCGUCUGCCAUCAACCACAGAUUUGCAGGACAGAUGGCGGCUCUGUGUUCCCGGGAUGACUUCCUCGGCAGCUUCUGUCGCUACCACCUCACAGAACCUGGGCUGGCCAGCAGGCACCUGCUGAGCCCUGUGGGGCGGAGGCAGGUGGCCGGCCACACCCGCGGCCCCAGGCUCAGCCUGCGCUUCCUGGGCAGUUACCGGACGCUGGUCUCGCUGCUGCUGGCCUUCUUCGUGGCCUCUCUGUUCUGCGUCGGGCCCCUCCCAUGCACGCUGCUGCUCACCCUGGGCUACGUCCUCUACGCCUCUGCCAUGCCACUGCUGACCGAGCAGGGGAAACUGCACCAGCCCUGAAGGUGUCAGCUGCCUUCAGAGCAGGCUGGAGGGAUUUGCCACACAGCCCCACCCUUGGGCUGAGAGGACCUGGGAAGCCCCUCCAGGAGGGAACACGGUCAUCCUCGGGCUUCUGGAGCGGGGUUCCUGCAGCCACAGAGGCAUCUGGAGGAAACGCAACCAAGAAGGGAAGGCAGGUGGGCCCCAGCAAAGGAGUGGCUACCAGGGCUCAACAGCCACGCUCUGUGACAGUGCAGAGCUCAGCGCCGGCCUUUCCCUCCCUCCGCCAAGGACUCAUGCCCAAGCCAGCUCUCGGGGCCUUUUUUCCAGUGCCCAUUUGGCUACUCUGCUGCACCAAGCUUGGGAGCCAGCCUGCCAACACCCGCCUGGGCCUGGCCUCCCCACUGGCUGGCCUUGAGGUGGGCAGAGUGGGUUGUGGCGCCUUCUCUCUCUGUGUGGGACCAGGACGGUGGCUCAAGUCUCCACUCCAGGAAAGAAUCAAAGUUUCUAGAGUUGUGAGAAAACUAGAGAGUGGCUGUCCUGAUUCUUCACCGUGAGGGGCGUUCUUCGUGUUCUCCCAGCUGUUCCAAGACUGGGCCGUAGAAUUCCAUGUUUCAGGAGCCUAAGACCCUCCCAGAGCCCAGGUGCUUCACCACAGACCCCAAGCCAUUGAGCACAUCACCCAAAGCAGUGGCCAACAUCGCGGACCCCUGUGCCUUGUCACAGAUGGGUGCUGGUCCUCAGGCGUUGGGGACACUGCUGGGUCGAUGGGGUCGGAUUCUGCCAGUUUCUGCUCUGCAGCCAAAGAUGGUCAGAAGCAUUGUCACUUCAGUAACAUCAAGUGCUCAAAGACAUGGCAACCGUUCAGUGGUACUUAAGUAUUCAAAAUAUACAACUACAGAUUCUCUGACAGAAACCAGCACGGGGUCUUCACCUUCAUUCACCCCACAGACGACCUGCGAGGGAGAACAGCAUCUCAGUGGUGAUUUCCAAACCAAGCCUUUGUUUUCGGUGUGGGGUUUUGGGGGUUUGCUUUAAUGUUUUUAAAAUUGUAAAUGUUGGGCUUUGUAUUUUGAUGUAAACUGAGAAUAAUGGCAUUUUAGGGCCUGUGACCAAAAAUCAAGCUUGUAACGACCAUGGAUCUGAAUAAACCUGUCCUUGCUUCUGA